AUGGCAAUAUUGGCUCCAACACUUGAUGUGAUUGACUCUAUCAAUGAAUAUAUGACUUCUUUGAACACAUAUGAAGGAAAUACAUAUUUCAGCUUUGACAGUGCUUGCAAAUCAGAUUCAAAUGUUGAUCUAUUAGUUGAUGUGCACACGCCUGAAUUUUUGAAUGGGAUCAAGUGUUCUAGUAUGCCUAAUCAUGAACUCAGGCUGAAAGUAGAUACUCCGGUUAUGCCCUUGAGAAAUAUUGACCACUCAGUUGGUUUGUGUAAUAGGACAAGGAUGGUUAUUACUAAGCUUGGAAAUCAUGUUUUAGAAGCAAAGUCUUCCUUGGAGUUUCAUGCUCAUAAACGUGACAUUCCCGGCGCAGUGGACGCUUGUCGGAAGAAGCUGUUGUAUGGGUUUUCUGCAGCUUCACUGCUCUAUUGA